AUGAGGAAGCACCCAGUAAGUGACGAAGAGGACCAAUUCAUUCACAUCAUUGGAAGCUUGCCUUUGAAGUACAGACAAGAGCAAAAGGACUUCGAGAAAAUGAUGAAAGCGAUCACACUCACUAUUGAGUACAUCAAGCAAGAACUGAAUUCUGCACACCAGGACUUUGCCAAUGCAACAGAAGGUGACAAUGAUGACGAAGACAAAGAAGACAAAGAUGUCGCUUUGGUUACUGGCCCAUUCAAAGGCACUUGCAACAACUGUGGAAAGUACGGACACAAGAAGCUAACUUGCCCUGAAGUAACACAAGCAACACAAACAAGGAGAAGUCACAAGAAGCAUGAAUGCAGAAGGAACCCAGAGAACCAAAACAACGGUAACAAUGGUAACAACAACAACAGAAACAACAACGAUGACGAUGAGGAUGAUGUUGCUGAAGUAAUGCUGAUGGCAACAGAGACAUUUAUUGCCCCAGAGGAGCCAACAAAGAGAAAGAACGUUUGGUUCAAGUGGAAUGAAGAAUGUGAAGAGAGUGAUUGUGAAGAUGACGAAGCAGAUGAUGAAGUGAUUGUGCAUACUAUCAUGGAAGCUCCAAACAACAAAGUUGCGAACUUUGGACAAAAAUGA